AGUAGGAACAGCCUCGCCGGUAGCUCGUCGUGCCCGCGCCUCUCUCGCCCGGGAUGGACUGAGCCACGCCGGCGGCUCGCGCCGAGUCGGUCCCGCCCGGGCCGGACUCCGGACGCAGGACACCGCCUUGCGCGCUCCCAGCAGACGGCCCCGGACCGACAGCCUCGCCGUGGCGAUGUCCGGCGGCCGGAGGAGAGGCGGCGCCCCCUGGCACAGCUUCUCCCGGUUCUUCGCUCCUCGAAGCCCUUCCCGGGACAAGGAAGAGGAAGACGAGGAGAGGCCGGGGACGAGUCAGCCGCCCGCUCCGGGCCGGGGCGCUGCCAGUGUUGAAAAUGAGCCCAUGAGUACAAGUCAGAAAAAGGAAAAUAUACUAUCAUCAGAAGCAGUAAAGAUUCCCCAAAGCGAGGACAAAAGGAACCAUGCUGAGAAGCUAAUCACUCUUCCAGGGCAGGAAGAUUCCAAAAAGCCAAAUGACCUUUUGGGCUCCGCUUCAGAGAGCAAAACAGAAAGUGAUCGACAGCCAAAAGAAAGCUUUUUUCAGUUUCUUGGUAACUUAUUCAAUAUCUCAGGAAAAUCAUCUCUUGGUGAAGCCAAGCAAUCUUCUUUAAAAGAUGACCAUGACAAAACUGAGAAAGGCUUACGAAAUCCCAGUGACCGUCCUGAGGAAGGGAUCAAAAAGGAGAGGGCGACUUCCAGUGGCUCCCUGGGAGCCCAGGCGCUUCUGGCAGGAGAACAAGACUCUAACUCCACUGAACUCUCAGAUGCCUUUUCUUUGGAUACAACACAAGACAGUGAACAGGAACCCAGUGACUUAAUAAAACAAAUGGAUGGUAAACCAGAGAGGCCUUCAGUAACAUACGCAACAUACCGAGGCCCCAGACAGAUUAGGAAAUAUUUGAAACAACAGACCAUGUUAGAAACUGUGACUCCAUUGGACAGAGAAAAUGGAAGCUCUGACUCUAGUAUAAACACACACGUUGUCCCUGGGAGUGAGAUGGAGGCUGUGACGCUGCCAUGUUUGUCAUCAUCUAGCACUGAUGUAGCUAUGAAAGGACAAAUGCUUGGAGGCCCAUUAGAAGACUCUGAUUGUAGCUCAAUAAAUCUUGACCCAGAAAGCCAUCUGACAAACAAUCCACAAGUGCCAAAUAUUGCCUCUUUCAAGGAUGUUUUAAAUAAAAAUGAUCCUAGGGGACCUGAGAGAAGUAGGUCAUUCCCUUCUUCUGUGACUAACUCCAGCUCCGCUCUUGGAAAAUAUGACUCACAGCCCCAUUUAAGUUGUGUACCAGUUUCUCAGACUGACAGAAAUUUGGUAUGUUCAACAUUGUUCACAGGAAGUAACAGUAGCGCUGCUCCCUGCCGUCCAGACUUUCAGAGGACAACUACAACAGAAACUGCAAUAACAGAAAACAGCUCGGUGGUGAGUGACGGGCCGCUAGUGCCAAGGGAAGCGCAAGUCGAGCCUGAGAGCCCUGCUAUUUCUGACUUCUCUUGUAGUAAAUCUGAUGGAAGUCACACUACCAAACAGGAAAGUGCAGGUGUGCCAAGUCCAAAUAAAUCAAUUAGACCUGAGGAUCUGCAGUUGCCAGAGAGUAAGUAUCCUGACAAGCAAACCAUAGAUAACUCAUCAAAGCAGGCUGCCAAUCACAGCAGCGCCACUGCUCUUCAGAGACUUGCUGUGACAGACACAGAGCUUGUAAAUGAAGGAAACAGGUUGUCCGCCCAAGAUGCACAGAAAAAUGUGGCUGUUGCAGAAAUCAAGCAAGAAACAGAAAGUGUCUCAGUUGGCAAACUCACAACUUCAGGUCAUCUAAAAGCUCCAGAAGACAGAAUUGAGUCACUACCCAAAGAUACUGACCAGUUGCUUGUAACAGAAGCCAAAAAGCUUGAUUUGGGGCCACAUGGCAAAAUGCCUCCCAUUCCCAGAAUAAAUCAAAAGGACCCUGCCACUGCAAAAUGCAUAGGUGAAUCAGUAGUUGUAGCAUGCUUAGAAAACCAAAAAACUCCUGAACUGACUUUUGAGCUUCACAAAAAUAACAUUUCAGAAUCUCUGCUUGACUCUGAGAGUCCUCAACGAGCCAAAGUGUCACCUGAUACCAGAACAUCUCUUACCCUGGAUCACACAAAAUCAAAUUUCAAUGCUUCAUCUCCUACCUUUGUUCCUGGAGUUGGCAUGCUUAGCAGGUUGGAUGUUCCUGUUUUAAAGAAGGAGGGGUCUUCUGUGUUCAUCGAAACUGGGGAUGUCAGCAUUGCUGGAAUUUCCAGUCAGCCUACUACGUGUCAAGAAGAAAAUGUGAAUCAUGUUGAGGCUGCAGAUGGGAAGAGUCCUGCAGCUGGCCUUCACCUUGAGCAUGUAUCUGCACUUCUUGAAUCUAAGGAAGGUCGUCCUGAUAGUGAAAAAUGCCAGGUUCCACUCGAUCUUGAAGCCAGUGACACCCACUUAACCGAAGUGGACUCGAGAUUUGAGUCUGAAAGCCUCUCUGAGGACCACGGUUCCACAUCAUCUCAAGACACUAAUAAAGCAGAGUUAAUGCCUUCAAACACUAAAGUAAGACAGAGCGCUAUAGAGAAGCCUGAUUCCCUUUCCUUGGAAACUAAAACUGGUAACAUGGCUGAAGUUUGUGGUCUGAACAGUGAUUCUGUUGCGUCACAUCCGGGAAGAGGAAAAACUAUAGCCCCCUGCAAGACACCUGUUUUCCAAACAGAGCCUAGAGACAUGUCUCAGGAUAAAGUUUUUUCUCCAUUUGAAAUUACAGAUACGCCAGCAAAGUCUGAAUUAACUUCCCUAGAGGUUGAACAGGAUAAAAGUUUUCAGUUGCUGGAUCCUAGUGAGAUUAAAGAGAAAUAUUCAGAUGCAGGGUUUAAAGAGACUUGCCAAGCUGAGGUUCCUCCUUCUGUCCCCACAUAUCAAGUUAUCCAGGAAACAGAGGUAGAAACCUUAGGUUAUUCUGCUUUACUCAGAAAUAAUACACCUGAAAUAUUACCUCCUAUUUAUGAUGAAAACGUCACCAGGCAAAUGGCACAGAAUUGUGAAGCCAACACUUGUCAACCUUCAGAUAUUUGUGGGUCUAAAAAGAUGCCUGGUUUCUCAGAAAUGGCAGAGCUCAGCUUAACUAAUACUUCUCCAAAAUUCCAAGAAACUGACAGCACAAAAGCACAUUCACCUUUUCUGGGUUCUGAUAUCAGUUUGGAAGAAAAACCUUGUGCAUCUGAGGAUUCAAGCUUUCUUAAUGUUCCUUCUGUGUUGAGAUCAGAAAAGAAAGCCUCCUCUCACAAAAAGAAAGAGAACAGUUCUUUCCUCAGUGGCGGUUUUGCUAGUUUGUCUUCCUCUAGUAAUGCUGAAGAAGUCAGCACGGCUACAAGUUCACAUGAUCCCCCAAGUAAUUUGGGUUCUGUAAAAGUUACCACAGAUGUCACAUGUGAUGGUACCUCCUUAACUAACCUGCUCUCCCCCAACAGCUCUUAUUUGGAAUUUGAAACAUCUGUCCCAACAGGGGCAGAAGUGACCCCACGUCAGGAACAUUUUGGGAAUCAUGCUGGGAAGGUAUCUCUGGAUUUCCCAACAGCUGCCCGUUUUGACAGCCCCAGGGAAGCAGAGCCUGGAGCAGUUGCUGGGGCUCCAGCGUCAGUUAACAGCCCAAGCCAGCGGUGUUCUGAGGCAUCUGCUGAGCAUAGAGAAGCAAGGAGGGGAACACGUGACCAACUUUUGGACCUCAAAAGUGGCUCGGUUCAAAAGGCUGAUAGAUUGAUUGGUGAGAUUUUUAAUUCUGUCAGGGAAGAACUGAAAUCCAAACACACAGUUGAUAUCUGCCAGGAACGUCUAGCUGUAGACGGUGUCAUGAACCCUGGUCCCCUGAAAGAAGACAUUCCUGAGAAAAACCCAUCAGAAGUGAUAUUGUCAGGGAUCCAGCUAACAGAGCAUUUGGAAGAGCAGGACAUGGAAAACAUAGCAGUAGUUCAAGGGGAAGAAAAGACCUGUGUUUCUCCUACAGCUGGUGAGAAGAGUCCCCUUUUUGAUUUUGAAGGAAUGAAUGUAUCUUGUUUGUUAGAAGAUCAAGCCAGGGAAUUAGUCAAUGAGGUUAUUAAUUUAGCCCGAGAAAAUAUAACAAACGAUGCUCUUGAAGAUAUUGAGGCUACCUGGGAUUCUGAACUUCAGACUAAUACUUCAAAAAUUCUGAACAGUAAUGGUGUUGAGCCUCAUGAUACAGUAAGGGAGUUCUUGGUGUCUGAACAGGAAGUAAAUCAAACCACAUGUGAAAUUAGUGAAAAUAAAGUAUUAGCUCAGUUCUUCUCUAUAAGUAACUUACUUAGUGACACAGAGUCAAUUAAAGGAAGAGAAAUUGUUCCCUACCAAGAAUCCGCAUUUUCUGGAAAUGGAGCUGGACAGUCUGAUGGCAUAAACUUUCCAGAAUCAGAUACUGUUUUACUAGCUGAAAACAUUUCUCAUGAAGAGUUAGAUGAUGGGGUAAAAACACAUUUAUUUCUCAAAGAAGACUCUAAAGAGCAAAUGGAAAUAGAGUGUGGGGAUAAUCACAAAAAUGGGACAGAGGAUGCUAGAACUCUUGUAUUAAAUUUCAAAUGGCCUCCAUUUCCAAAUGAUGACAUCCAUGUAUCUGGGACAUCCAAAAACAGUUUGUCUGAUAGCCUUGUGUGUAUAUCUGAAAAAGCCUUGCCAGGACACAGUAAUAAAAGCACAACCCUUGCAAUGUCAGAAGUAGGGAAAGCACACAGAAAGGAUACUGAAGUAAAUAUAGGAAAAAUAGAGCUUAUACCUUCCAUGUUAGAAAUAGGAAGAACAAACAGAAAGGCUGCUGAAUUGAAUAUUAUGAAAAAUGAGGCAGUCCCUCCGGUGUCAGAACUGGGAGGAACACAUAAAAAGGAUGACGAAUUGACUAGCACAAAAACUGAGCCAACGACUGACAGUUUUAAAAUGCAUGAAGUACACCAAAUGGAUGCUGAGAGGUAUAUUGAAAAAACUGAGGGAUUGCCUGCCAUUUUAAGAAUGGAAAAAACUUCUAAGAUGGGAGAUACUGAAAGGGAUAUUGGCAAAACGGACAUGGUGCCUGUUGUGUCAGAAGUGAAAAAUCUCUAUCAAAAGGAUGCUGAGGGGAUUACUGUAAAGACAGAAGUGAUGCCUGCUACAUUAGAAAUGGAAAAAAUUUACCAAAAGCAUGCCGAAGGUGAUGUUCGCAAGACCGGGGUGACAUCGGCUCUGUCAGAAAUGGAAAGUAUCUACCAAAAAGAUGCUGAGGGGGUUACUGUGAAGACAGAAGUGAUGCCUGCUACAUUAGAAAUGGAAAAAAUUUACCCAAAGGACGCUGAAGGGGAUAUGGACAAAACUGAGAUGACGCCCAUUAUGUUAGAAGUAAAUGUCGACCAUAAAGAUGCCGAGGGGAUCACUGAAAAGACUGAGACACCUGUGUUGGAAAUGGAAAACAUUUACCAGGAGGAUGCAGAUGGGGUUAGUAGGAAAACUGAAAUGGUACCUUUUGCAUUGGAAGUAAAUAAAGCCCCCAAGAAGGCAGCCCCUGUCUCCUUAGAAAUGGGAAAAGCAUGCAAGAGGGAUGCUAAAGAGACUCCUCGAACGAUUGUGUCCAUGCCCUCUAUGAUAGAAAUGGAAAGAACAUCCCCAGAAGAUUCUGAUGGAACUGUCAGGAAACACCAGAUGUUACCUGCAGUGGUAAAUGUGGAGACAACAUAUGGAAUGGGUCUGGAAUUGCCCAUUACACAAGCAGAGGCCGUGCCUCCCGUAUUUGAAACUGAAAAAGCACCCCAAGAAUAUGCCAAAGGGAGUAUUGGAGAAAUGGAGGAAGGGCACACCGAAGUAAAGCAAGAUUUGAUAGCGCGUGACCAUAGAUUUGCCUCGUAUUUCAGGGGCUAUGAAUCACCUACAUUAAGUAAGGAUUAUGAAGGCUACCCAGCCUUAGCAGUGCCAUAUUUUCAACCUGCAGAUACCAUGGGAAGGCUAGACAAAAGAACAUCUGUCACUGCAGCUGAUAACGAAACAAGAGAUCUAGGUGGUUAUAGCGAUGAAAAAGAACAAUCUAACUUAGCCUUCAUUCCUCAGGAUGAGCAAGAAAAUUCUUCCUUUACUAUAUUAUAUGAAGAACCCCUUCAAGAUGAGGACAAGUAUGCUACUGCAGAAGUAAGAAGAACACACACACUCUCGUUUCCUGAUACAUCCACUGACAGCAUGCCUGUUCUCACAUGUGAAAGGUCAGAGAGUAGAACUGACCUGGUCCAUCAUUUUGAAAAGGAUACUAAAUUAGGUGAGACAUUUGAUAGUGAUAGUUCAGAAAUGUUCUUGUCAGUGGAGGCCAAAAGGUACAAAAUUUAUCCCUUAGCUUUGUCUCCCAUUUAUGAGGAUGACAGCUCUCAGGAGGACAUUCUGUCCAACGAGGUCUCACCUGGUCAUCAUGGCUCCACAAAAUCUAGAGAGAGUGCAAACCAGCCCUCUUCUGUUUUAUCACUUCUCCAGUCGGUAUCCGAGCGUUUGAAGAUGAAUUUUGAUGAGGAUGACAGGCAGGAAUUAGGGGAGGAGGAGGAGGAGGAGGAGGAGGAAGAAGAAUCAUUGCAUAAAGGAAGUCUGAGAGCUAGGAGAGGGGAAACCGUCACCUUCAAGCUGCCGGAUCCUUCCAGCACAUUCUACCCUGAUGAUGAUGAGGAAAGGACUGGAAUUGCCAAGAAUUCAUGUUUGAAGUCAAAUGAACCUCCUACGCCCAAUCUGCAAAUUGGUCUGUGGCCAGAAAAGGCCUCAUUUCCACAAAAAUCAGACCUUACUUCUAAACUACAUUCUUCCUUAAGGAGCGCUUAUCAUCAAUAUUUGCAGACUUCUAAAACCCAGUCCUCAGAAAAAGGAGCCAGAUUUGGUGGGACUUUGCAGGAACCAGUGUCAAAAUAUUUCUGUACUCAAGACAACUCAGGCAGAUUAAGCCCAUUCACAGAGAAUGUUGACAGACAAACUCUGAGGUGUAACCCAAGACCUGGGAAGAUGGUUAUCUAUGAUCUCCAUGGAAGUAAAUAUAAACAAGAGGUCUAUUGUAAUAUUCUUGAUGCUACAUCAUGGUCCUUUCCGAAUGGGGUACUGAUAAAAGUUGUAAGGGGCUGCUGGAUUUUAUAUGAGAAACCACAUUUCCAAGGUCAGAAAUGUGUGUUAGAGGAAGGAGAAAAGGUGUUACAUCGUGACUGGACCCUUCAGAACAGAAAGCAUCCACAAAGAAACUUUGUGUUGGGUUCCAUCAAACAUGUCUUAAAGUAUUGCAGUGUUCCAGAGAUAGAACUUUGCCUGCACCCUGACCCGGCGUGUGGUCCUAUCUACAUCCAGCGAGCCAUCCCCAAUUUGGAAGAACUGAACGUCCCCAAAUCUGUGUCCUUCACUGUGAAGUCGGGAGUUUGGUUGGCCUACCCAGAUAUUAAUUUUAAGGGGCAAGCUACAGUUCUGGAAGAAGACCAAGGACUCUUUGAGAUUUCUGCAGCAGAAAUGAAGUCAUUGCAUCCACUUCAAAUGGGUGGACUGAAAGUGGAAAUGCCUAUGAAUUUAAAGGUUAUUAUUUAUGAAAAACCUCACUUCCAUGGACAGGCCAAAGAGUUUAGUGAACAUAUAGAUUCUGUCCCUAAUUUUCUAAAGAAUGAUGAGGACUUUAAUGGAAUUGGAUCAAUUCGUGUCAUCGGUGGAGUGUGGGUUGCCUAUGAAAAAGAACAUUUUAAAGGCCAGCAGUUUUUGCUUGAAGAAGGUGAUUUUGAAGACAGUAAUGCCUGUGGGGCGUUGAGUGGCCCCAUCUUGUCUUUCCGGUACUUACAAGCUAAUUUUAUAGAAUCUUCCAUCACGCUGUUUGAAUCUGACCUGGAAAGUGGGAAGUUUAUUGACAUUACAAAUCAGGAAAUGUCUGACUUAGAAGAAAUCGGCUUUGGCAGUGAAACAAGGUCCAUUCACGUUAAAAGUGGAGUGUGGGUUGCCUACCAGCAGAAGUUCUUCUGUGGAGAACAGUACAUUUUAGAGAAAGGGAAAUACAAAUGCUUUUUUGACUGGGGAGGAUCAAAUAAUACAAUAAUGUCAAUACGACCUGUCCAACUGGAACCACUUGGAAAAAAUGAGCCUCCACAUUUGCUCAAAGCAUUCAGUAAACCCGGGUUCCAAGGUGAAUGUAUAGAUUUUACACAAGAAAUUUCGGAUUUAACUUCAUUCAUUCCAUGUUCUUUUAAAGUUCUUCGGGGUUGCUGGCUCCUGUACUACCAAGAGGACAUUGCUAAUAACCAGUGUGUGUUAGAAGAAGGCCUCUAUGCUGACCUUACUUCCUGUGGCUGCUCAACAUCUAAAGUCAAAUCCCUUAAGCCCAUUGACUAUGUUUUUGAAGAGCCCUCUGUCAGCCUUUUUGCUCUGGAACAUUGUGAGGGAAGAGAGUUACAUCUAGAAGAGGCCGUGAACUCUGUUCUGAACAAGGACCUGCACUUCUACACCCAGUCUGUGUGGGUAAAAAGUGGACUGUGGAUAGCUUACGAAGGAUCCAAUUUCUUGGGGAGGCAAAUCCUACUUGAGCCCAAUGAGAUCCCGAAUUGGACAGCAUUCAGUGGAUGGAAAACAAUUGGUUCCCUCCGUCCUAUGAAGCAGCCUGCAGUGUACAUUAGAAUCAGGAACCGAGCGCAGAACGAGUACCUGACAGUCACUGGGAACGUCGCUGACACAAGGGCAACAUCUGUAUGCGUGUCUCCCUACAGUGGGAAGAAUACGCAGAUCUGGCACUACUGUCGAGGACUCUUCAAAUCUAAGGCCAGUGAUACGUGCCUUGAUGUAAUUGGUGGCCGGGACAUGCCCGGAGCUAAAGUAGCCCUGUGGCCUGAACAUGGGCAGUUCCGGCAGAAGUGGAGACUGAACAGAAACGGAACCAUCAGCUCCUAUCUCAGUGACCAACUUGUCCUUGAUGUUAAAGGAGGAAAUUAUUAUGACAAGACUCAUGUAAUUGUAAAUCAGCCCCUGGAGGGAGAAGAAACCCAGAAAUGGGAAAUUGAGGUAUUGUGAGAGAAGCUGCCGCAUCUCUAGGAAGGGCGAAGGGAAGAGGAACCUCACGUCCUGGAUCGCUGACAGUGAACUUCCUCCCAAGAGAAGACUGUUGCUGUUAACCUUGGGGGAAGCUCAGAACAUUCUCGCCGGCUAGUCAGUGUUCCUAGCAAGACUAGGUCAUGACUUCUGGGAAAGGUUCUGCUCCUGCUUGAUCUCCACUUUGGGUGAGCAAGUUGACUGCUGUGUGUUUUCUCUCUACCUGUUCCUGAUAGCCAUUACAUAGGACACUGGUGGUGCUGGCAUCCUGCAUCAGUUAUUAAUAUCCUAGUAGAUGCAUGUAUGCGUGCAAGGCACAGGGAAGUAAAUUCUUAUAGGUCAAGUCAUACUUCUGCAAAAAGAUGAGUAAUUUUUUAACAAUAUUUGAAGACAUAUUUAAUAAGCCUUCUUCUUAAGCUGCUGUAUUAGCUAAACAAAGGCUUUUAUAACUGAAAACCUGUAAGUAUUCAUACUUACAACUGAUCCCAGGGAGGGACCUCAGUUUUAUUAGGAAAAGGCUCAAGUACUAAGAGUGUUUCCUGUGGCCAUUCUUUGCUCAGUCUUUCAAACUGAAAAAGCACAAAUAACCUGUGGCCUUCCUUGCACUCUUAGGUAUUAACAGAGAACCCUUCUGGGCAGUAGGACUCUAACCAAUGUUUACCUAUCCUGGUGCUGAGACUUCACCCUAGAGUUUUUGCCCGGUCUGCCCUCAAAAAGUGUUUAUAAAGACUGUGUCACUUACAUAUAAGAUAGUCAGAUUUUUCUUUGCCUGAAGUAAAAGGAAAUUUCAAAUGUUCAAAUUAAAACCAAGUAGAAGUUGAGCCUUGACUGGACCAUUUUAAGUAAAGGUGGAGUUGAUUUCUCUGUGAAAUGACAGAAAAAUCACUUUCACUUCCAUUUUAAAUAGCUUUCUUUUGAGCAAAAUCAGGUAGGAUGUCAUCUUGCACUUAAUUUCACCUAAUCAUUACCACCUUUAACUAUACAAUUCACAAGCAUUUUUCCCUCCUGAGCUGGUUUUAUGCUUACAUUGAUACAACUAUUUUUUUUAUCCUCAACUUUUGCCAGAAAGCAGAAAAAUGUGUAUCCUAUUUUUAUAUAGAAAGAUUAAUUUGUCCAGUGGUAUUUUAAAAAAUAUCAAUCUAUAUGCACUUUAGAAUGUAAAAUAACAGUGACUUGUUUAAGCUCAAAGACCAACUAUUUUGAGUAUUUUUUAUAUAGGCAUGGUCUUUCCAUGUAAAUACUAUUGGGUUUUCUUUUUCCUUCUAUCUCAGGCUCUUGUGUCAUCUUUCAUGAAUCAUUUGUAAAACUCCCUUACGCCCAGAGAUUUGAGUGCCUCUCAUUAGUGUGGCAGUAUUAUUUAAUGAAACUUAGGAGUAACUUUAUUUUAAAGGGAGGGCUUAUGUAUACACAAAAGUAUGUGUAUUUCCAUUGUAAAAAAAAAAAAAAACAAUUCUUUUUUCAUGUUCAUUAAAAUUUUUCUAGAGCCAAUGAGGCUCUUUAAAGAAGUUUCUUCCAAAGACAAAGCCAGGUAACGACAUUUAAAUUUAAAUGAUACAUUUAUUGUAGUUGUGCCUUUUCUACCACACUGGAUUAAAUAAACUUGUCAAAAGUA